CUGGAGCCAGGCCCGCGGGCGGCGGCGGCGGCGGCGGCGGCGGAGCUGGGCAGGUGGAUGCGGCUGGAAGAUGGCGCCCUCGGGCCCGGGCAGCGUCAGGCGGCGGUGCCGGCGGGUGCUGUACUGGAUCCCCGUGGUGUUCAUCAGCCUCCUGCUCGGCUGGUCCUACUACGCCUACGCCAUCCAGCUGUGCAUAGUGUCCAUGGAAAAUAUUGGAGAACAAGUUGUGUGCCUGAUUGCUUAUCAUCUACUUUUUGCAAUGUUUGUCUGGUCGUAUUGGAAAACUAUCUUUACAUUACCAAUGAAUCCUUCAAAAGAAUUCCAUCUCUCUUAUGCAGAAAAAGAAUUGCUGGAGAGAGAGCCAAGAGGAGAAGCCCAUCAGGAAGUUCUUAGGCGAGCAGCCAGAGACCUUCCCAUCUACACCAGGACCGUGUCUGGAGCAAUCCGCUAUUGUGACAGAUGCCAACUUAUAAAACCAGACCGCUGCCAUCACUGUUCCGUCUGUGAUAAAUGCAUUUUGAAGAUGGACCAUCAUUGCCCAUGGGUGAACAAUUGUGUUGGAUUUUCAAAUUAUAAAUUUUUCCUCCUUUUCUUGGCUUAUUCUCUGCUGUACUGCCUUUUUAUUGCUGCUACAGAUUUACAGUAUUUUAUCAAAUUUUGGACCAAUGGCCUACCUGAUACUCAAGCCAAGUUCCAUAUUAUGUUUUUAUUCUUUGCUGCAGCGAUGUUUUCUGUCAGCUUGUCUUCUCUGUUUGGCUAUCAUUGUUGGCUAGUCAGCAGAAAUAAAUCUACAUUAGAGGCAUUUAGAAGUCCAGUAUUUCGACAUGGAACAGAUAAGAAUGGAUUCAGCUUGGGUUUCAGUAAAAAUAUGGGACAGGUUUUUGGUGAUGAGAAGAGGUACUGGUUGCUACCCAUUUUUUCAAGUCUAGGUGAUGGCUGCUCCUUUCCAACUUGCCUUGUUAACCAGGACCCUGAACAGCCCUCUACUCCUGCAGGAUUGAAUUCAUCUUCUAAAAAUCCUGAAAACCAUCAAUUUCCUGCAAAGCCAUUGAGAGAGUCCCAGAGCCACCUUCUUACUGAUUCUCAAUCUUGGACGGAGAACAGCACAAACCUGGGAAAAGGUAAAGCUGGUAUGAGCAAUCCUGCACUGACCAUGGAGAAUGAGAAUUAACUCUUCUAACAAAAUUUACUCAUACUUUACGGAAGUGUAAUCAGUGCUGUCGAUGGAUGGAAGAGGCUUCCUGCAGGAAGGCACCACUAGCCAGCUGUUCCCAUCCCCUGUGGCUGGAUAUGCAGAAUGUGAAUUGACCAUUUCUCUCCGAGCUGUUGCUUAAAACAUAACACAUUUUUACUCCAGUAUACAGAUUGUUUCAACUAACACAAAUUCCUCUUAAACAUUAAAAGUAGUUAUGGUUUAUGAAUCAAGGACAAAAAUAUCUUUUAUCAUAAAAACUUGGAAUAAAUUCAUGGACCAGUUUUCACCCAGAUAUUUGGGGAGCACAACUUACCACAUAAAAAACCCACUGAUCCUCUGAUUUUCUGAUUCAGAAAAUUGAGACUAUUAAGAUAUUGAGAUUUAAAAGAUUUCACGUAACAUUAUAAUGAUAAGCUUUAUUCGUAAAACCUGUUACCUAUGAGAAGGUGGAGGUAGCAGACGAGACUUGUUUACUCCCUCCGAUGUGAUUCUAGCCUUAGACUGCGUGAACUGUAAAAACCAUGAACUCAUUACAAAUUUCAAGUGGCCUGCAGUUGAAGAUGACCAUCCAUUUUUUUUUUUGCCAGACUUUAAUUCUAGCCUUUGUUCCCUGCUGGAAAAGAUGUAUGAUCACUGAAGCUUGAGCUCAACUGGCUGGAAAAUCUUUUCAGAAUUAAUACAUUUCUGUUAUAUUAGAAAUAUAUUUUUCAUCUCUUUUACUUAUCUGAAAAUGGGGGAAGUCUAUAAUAACAAUUAUGAAGAUUGGUUUAUGAUAUUCUUUUGCUGGUUUAGCUUUUAAAAGUCUCUUUUUAGGUUAUUUCUCCUAUUGAACAUAGCAAACAUAUUGAAUUUUUGUUAAGAAUUCCUGAUGGGCCAAUGGAUUAAUCCUUCAUUGACAUCUAUAUUAUUUCUUUUUCCUCUCAUCAGAAGUAUGACAGUUAAACUACAUAGGUCCUCAAAUACCUAUUAAGAUUAAAUUAUGCAAAUCAUCAAACAAAAGUCAUAUCCUUUUGGAAAUUUAGUCCAACAUGAACUGAAUGGUGUGCUGUUUGGAAACUGAGUUUAAGAUAAACUACAGUGGUGUGUUUGUUGAUGCCAAAAUGUUCAGCUUCAGUAAAUAUACUAAGAAGCUCUUGUGCCUUCUCUGCACUAUUAAAAAGUCUUAUUCUUUUUUAAUUUGAUGGAAUGCAAGUUUUGUAAAUGUUAGCAAUUAGAAUACGCUGUAUACAUUUUUUUGGUACUGACUUUGAGAAUUUAAAGCAGACUAACUUUAAGACUACACAGCUAAGGAACUGGUAUUUAAACAAAGAGAAAAUGGUAUUAGAGUUUUCAAAAUCUGAAUUAGAUAAAUUCAACACAAAGUAGACUAGAAUUCCAGAGGAUAAUGGAGUAACAGAUCCUUGCAGUUACUCAUCCUUGCUAAAAAUGUGAAGUUUUAUAUUAAAUGACUUUAUGAAAGAACCAGUGUCAGCCCAGUCCAUUUUAUAAAUCAUUUGAGUGCACUUCUUUGAGCAACAGGAUGGUGGUCUUUUUCAGAUUUUUUUUUAAAGCUAAAGAUUUUGAUCUGACAAUCUACUUCAAGAAAACUCAGAAGAUACGAUACAUUCUUACUUUUAUCUUAAAGCAUUGUUAGGUCAUCAUUUUCAUUACCUGAAGUGCCAGGUUGGAACCUAUAGCUACUGUUAGAAGUCUUAAGGGCAAGAGCAUCACAUAAUGUAUUAAGAAUUAUGUGCAGCCAGAUGUUUUUCAAAGCACAGUACUAGAGCUGUUUUUACAGACAGGAUUCUGUUGGGUGUCCCCUCCUGUCUAACUAGAAAUUAGGGGAAAAAGAGGGAUUUUUAUUCUUUACCUUGCUAGAGUACUGUUAAUUUCCCCCCCUCCCUUUAGCUCUUUCAUGUAAUUAUUCAAAUACAUAAGUCAAUACACAUUAGAAUCAGAUGAAAACAUUUUUUAAAAUAAAGUUUUUUUCAUUAAGUUGUAAUGGUUCCCUUUUUGGUUUCAUACAGUGACUAAUCUUUAAAGUGUUUUUUGUUUAGUUUUGUUUUUAACUCUAAGGGGUUAUAAUUUUUGGAGAUGAUGGCAUAUCUCAUUAGAUUUGCAGUAUAAAUUUUAUCUGAGUGAACAGAGCAUCAAAUAGACCUACGUUUUGUAUAUAUUUAUAAAAUGUACCUUAAAAACACUUUAAACACUUUACUUUAAAAAAUUUAAUUGCUUAACUCAAACUUGAAGACACUUGAAGUAUAAGUCCUGACAGUCCAUUAAAUAAUUUUGAUUUUUCCUGUUUUUAGAGAUUAUAUCAUAUAGGUAUCAAUAUUUAAGAAUUUUUUCAUUUAGAAAUAUUGUACAAAUGCUUCAUAUACAUUAGCUAUUUGCCAUUGUGCAGUGAAAGAUUUGUUUUUUUCAAAGAUAAAAACUGCAUCUGAAUACAAUGAUGAGACAUUCAAGUAAGUGCUUAUCUAUGAAUUCCCUCCUGUUAUACCAUAAUAAAGUCUGGUUGAUCACCUUUGUUAGCUGUCUAUAUGAAAUUGCCUUUGCACUAACAAUCUAAAUUGCUUUAAAGAUAUACUUUUCCUAAUCAUCUACCAGAGCUCCUGCAGGCAAGAUUCAUGUCUACAUCCUGGUUAUAACAUAGGUCUUUGGAGAAGAAGAGGAUGACAGGAUGAGAGGAUUGCCCAUUAGUAGUUAAAGGAGUCUGAGGACAAUUAGAAAAAGACUAACAUUCGGGCGUGCUGUAAUCACUAGAUAACUGUUGGAAAUACGGCAUAUGUUUGACAAAAAAACCAUCUUCACUAGGAAAAUCAUACACAAAGGUCUUAUAAACCAUGUUCAUAGAAAAUUAAGCUAGUAAUGUGAUUCAUGCUUCAAGAAAACAACCUGUGAAAAAGCUGUUACUCCCUUAUAUUAUAAACUAGCAAAUUUUCCCUAUUUUGAAAUAGUACAUGUAAACCUGCUGGGCUGAUUCUUAAGUUAUACUGUAUACUGUGGUACACAAUUAUUGUCACAUAUUUACUUGUAAAAGUGAUAGUUUUGAUACUAUGAUGAAAAACCACCACGUAUAUUCAAACCUCAUAAAACUUAAACGCAAAUCCACUUACACUGUAAACUGUGAUGAAGGUAUCCUCCAGUACGACCAUCCCCCUUCCACAGACUACAAAUUCUGAUCUGCUAACAUUUUAUCUGAAGUGAUGCAUUUCAACAAUGGAUUUUCACUGGUAACAUACAUCUCUGGGUAAGAUCCUUCUGUGGAAAACUGUUCUAAGUAACCCCAAAUGUUUUUUAACAGCCUGCACUCCUUUUCCACAUACUUAGCCAACUUAGAAGUAUUUCCUCUUACCUGUGGGAGCAAAUUGUGUUACACACCUUAAGUAUUUGUUACUCUUUUACAAAGAUACCACUGGAAUUUUUUUACCUUGGUAAAAAUUCAUAGAUUCUAAUUUUUAUUAAUACUUUAGCAAUUUGAUCAUGUCACUUACUAAAAACAUUAAAUACAUUCCAACAUUAGAGAAGUCUUGAUUUUAAAACUGAGCAAUCUCUUCCUCCACUAGAUUUAGAAUUUACUACCAAAAUAUCUUACUUUGUUACAGAACACAGGCAACUGUGUUAGACUUUAUAAUGGUCCAAACCUGUGCACCCUUUUGUCUUUGCCAUGAUGGAUUUGUUAUUCUUUUACAGUAGUGUCCUGAUUUGUAUCAAGUGGACAUCACUGAAGGGAUGAGUUCAAGUAGGCUUGUUUCAAAGGAACUCCUGUGGAUCACAAACUACGAAGUAUCUCUCAGCACGAUGUUCAGUAUAGCAGGAGGCUCUGAAAUAGGAUGUUUUUUCCAUCUUCCAAAAAAAAGGAUGUCAAAUGAAAGUCUGGCCAAUGCCAAUAAAGACAACUUUAAAUCACUUGCAGCCCUCUCACUGCAGGAGAGUGACAGCAGAAACAAAAUGUUGACAACGCCCAAACAUAGAUCUUGGGAUGUUCCUGUUCAUACAGCCAACAUUCGGCAAGAAGUAGAGAAUAUGGAUGAGCCCUGGAGUAAUGGCUAGAAAGAAUCAACAGAAGGACAGUCUGUAUACAGAUGUGUAUACUUCAGGAUGAACCAGAACCAAGGCCGUACAAAUGACCACAAUAUUUGGCAUCAUCAAUAUGAUCUUCAAAGAACAUCUAAAAAGGAAUUUUGGAAGAAAAACAAAAAAGAUAAUUUUAACCAAAAGAAGCAACACUGAUGUGGCCAACAGAAAGUCCUCUGGAGUUCUCCCAUUAGUAAUGUGUAUGACCUUGGAUAAAGGCUACCUGCAUCUGGCCUCAGUUUCCUCACCUAAGAAAUAUGGUUGGACCUACAUGACUUCUAAGGCCAUUCCUGUGAGCAAUGAGUCAGAUCCUGCCUGAUGUUGUGGUCCUAUCCGUUCCAGCUCUAACUGUUCAGCAACUUCCUGUAAACCACCCUACAAGAAAGAAAAAUUGCUUGUCAAAAGAAAGAAACAUUGCAACACUCGAAUUCACAAAUUACGUAACUUAGACAAUGACCAAAAUAGAAAUGAACUUCAGUAUGUAAAGAUGGACCUUAUGAAGAUCAGCAAAAAACAGAGAAUGUGAAUUACUGAUGUAUUUAUUGAAUGUGGGAGAUGUUUAUAAUUUAAUAAAAAAUGAGAUCUUAAUUGGGAAAAUUUA